UUUUUUAAAAGAUCAAUUAUAAAAUGUUUUUUUUUGUUGUUCUAAAAUACUCACGUGAACUCGUGAAGUAUAUAUAUAACGAUAAACGAAAAUAUAAGAUCUAAGGUUAUAAAAAACACAGCACUAUAAAAAAGAAGAAGUGGGGGCGUUUUGUUUUCUCAUCUACUCUUUUUUUCAUUUCUUUUUCUUUGUUAUAUACUCUUCAUUUGGAAAAAUAACAAAAAUAAAGGAAAAAGGUGAAAGCGUUUGGCGAUGAAGAGGAACGCACUUUGGCUACUGUGCCUUCUGGUGUUACCGGCGAUAGCCUGUGGUAGGAAACCGGAGAAGAAGGUGACGGCUUCAUCCGGGAGGAAGGAGGAUGACCUUGUGACCGCUUUGCCCGGUCAACCACCGGUUAACUUCAGACACUACGCCGGUUACGUGAAUCUCGGGCCUCAGCAGACGCAGAAGGCACUCUUCUAUUGGUUCUUCGAAGCCCAACAAAACUCUUCUCGCCGUCCUCUCGUCCUUUGGCUCAACGGAGGACCUGGUUGCUCAUCGAUCGCGUAUGGAGCUGCUCAAGAACUGGGCCCUUUCCUUGCUCGCACCAAAGGUCACAACCUUACCUUCAAUCAAUUCUCUUGGAACAAAGCGGCCAAUAUGUUGUUCUUGGAAGCACCGGUUGGGGUUGGAUUCUCGUAUACCAAUAACUCCAUGGAUCUUCAAAAGCUUGGAGAUCAAGCUACUGCUGCUGACUCUCUUGCUUUCUUGAUCAACUGGUUCACGAAAUUCCCCGAGUUCCGAUCCAAUGAGUUUUACAUCACCGGAGAGAGUUACGCCGGUCACUAUGUUCCACAGCUUGCGGAGCUGAUUUACGACAGGAACAAGAAGGUUACAAGAGGGUCGCAAAUUAAUCUCAAGGGAUUCAUGAUUGGGAACGCCGUGAUCAACGAGGAAACAGACAUGGCAGGACUAGUGGACUACGCAUGGAGCCACGCCAUUGUAUCAGACGAGCUCCACAACAACCUCCAUGGCUCGUGCCGUUUUGAUGAGGAGGAUGAGACGAGCAACAAGACCUUACAAUGCUAUGACAAUUUCAAAAAUUUCAUGGAAGCUUACAGCGAUAUCGAUAUAUACAGCAUCUAUACCCCCGUUUGCCUCUCCUCGUCGUCGUCUUCUUCUCCAAGAAAACCUAAACCCAUCGUGUCUCCUCGUCUCCUUACUUCAGACGACAUGUGGGAUAGGUUACCGGCCGGGUACGAUCCAUGCACUGAAGGCUAUGCCGAAGCCUAUUUCAACCGGAAAGAUGUGCAGGUCGCGCUUCACGCGAACGUUACAAACCUUCCGUACCCGUACACUCCUUGCAGCGGGGUGAUAAGGAAAUGGAAUGAUGCUUCAUCCACCGUGAUUCCCAUCAUCCAGAAGCUUUUGUCGGGCGGCCUCCGCAUCUGGAUCUAUAGUGGAGAUACAGAUGGGAGAGUUCCAGUAACAUCGACGCGUUAUAGUAUAAAAAAGAUGGGACCAAAGGUGGAGUCACCGUGGAGGUCUUGGUUCCACAAGAGUCAAGUGGCUGGAUGGGUUGAGACUUACGCCGGAGGGCUAACUUUUGCCACCGUGAGAGGAGCUGGUCACCAGGGUGUUGGUGUUCUAGCAAAGAGUAACACUUUUGCUAAGAGUCCAAGGCAACUCCAAUUUGAAGCCGACAUUAACAAACUUUUUAUGUUUACCAGCCUUAUCGGCCAUUAUUACUCAUGGGGAUAUCUGUUAUAUAGCUAUAAUCGUCUGGGACGAGACGCUGAAGAGGCUGAUGCAGAAGAGAUCAUUGAGAUGGCCGGUAAAGCCACUUUAUCUGAGCAAGAGAAGCAAGUUCAUGAGAACAUUCACUACCAACUCCAAAACUUUUGUGCUUCCAUGGACGAGAUUCUUCUUCCUGAUAGCCACAGAACAAAAGAACUAAACGGGCCAGAAUCAGAAUCUAAAAGCGGACUUACUUUUGCCAUCGGUAAAGACGAUGAUGUUCCAACUGCAGACAAGCCAGUUGUUCCUGAGACUAAGCCGCUCAAACUCGCUGAAGUCUCGCAACGGUUAAAGGAUCGAAUUGGGUACACCCUCGAGAUCAAAUCAUCCUUAAUACCUCACAAAGACGCGGGUCAAGGUUGUUUCAUUGAUGGUGAAGCAGAUGUUGGAGCUGUCUUAGCCUUUUACCCUGGUGUGAUCUACUAUCCUCCUUUCCACAGAUACAUUCCCGGGUAUCCAAACGUUGAUGCACAGAACUCAUAUCUGAUCACUAAGUAUGACGGGACGGUAAUAAAUGCUCAACCUUGGGGUCGUGGAGGAGAAUCACGAGAAGUAUGGAACAGCUCUUUUACAACGCCUGAGAUCAGAGCAGAUGCCAAAACCCCGGAAAACUGUUCAGACAAGGUCUGGAAGAUGCCGAGUAGGCCGCUUGAAGGUUCGGGUAACGUUGAAGCGGUUCUUGAAAUGAGAAACCCUUUGGCGUUUGGUCAUUUUGCCAAUCACCCGAGUAAAGAUAUGGAUCCUAAUGUCAUGAUUUGCCCGUAUGACUUCCCUUUGUCAGAGAAAGCGAUGCGAGCUUACAUUCCAAAUGUAGCUUUUGGGAACGCAGGAGAGGCAAAUGUGAUGAAAUUUGGAAGCUUAUGGUCUAGGACCGGGAGCAGUAGCAGUUUGGAUGCUCCUGUACUGAAGACGCUUGUUCUAGUGGCUACAAGAGCGUUGUGCAAUGAAGAAUUGAUGCUGAAUUAUGGACUGAGCAAGUUCGAGAGAAGACCAGAGUGGUAUACUACGGUUGAUGAAGAGUAA